GAUGAUGAUGAAGCGGGCUAUGAAUCUGUGAACCUUAUCGAAUAAAAAUAAACUCAAGUUUGCAACAUAGUAUAUCUGCCACAUUAAAAGCGUGGUAAAAAUGAGGAUUGAUGUGUAAUUUACAUCCAUGGUACAUCUGGGACCACUUCCAUUUUCUCUGAACAAUCUAAAACAGAGAAACCGUAGCUCUGAGGAUUUCCACAGAAAGCUACCUUCUUCGCGAUCUUCCAGGUUUCUUUUUAUUUGCUUCUCCUAAUUUUGGUCCCAUUUCAAAGUCUCUUUCAAUUGAUUACUUUUCUGUUUUGAGCUUAUUUUGAAUGAGACGAUCCUAGCUCGUGUGGGUUAAAGGUGAUAAAAAUGGGUGAGAUGAUGUCUAUAGAUCAUUAGCUGAGCUCAUAAGGUUCUGCUUGGUGCUCGAUUGUCCUUCAGGUUUUACUAGAAUGAUGAAGAGAUCGUAGCAGAUCCGAGAUUUCUUUAGCAUGCAGGGGCAUUACCUCCUUACUGUUUACAAUUGGGAAACAAAACUACACAAAUUACAAUUUAGGACAAAGAGAAAGUAAGGAUGCGGAAGUGGCUUUGUUGCAUCCGUCACGUUGAGGAGUCAUACCCAUCACAUGAAAGUGAGCUACUAAAAGGCCCCACAAAUGAUGCUGAUGGGUAUCAAAAAGGUGCAAAGGCAGUGACUCCUGCCAAGACUGAAGUGCAAAAAGCAAUACCAGCAAUUGAAGUGCCAGAGUUGUCUCUGGAUGAUCUGAAAGAACAAACUGAGAAUUUUGGAUCAAAGGCUUUGAUUGGGGAAGGAUCAUAUGGAAGAGUGUACUUAGCAAAGUUAAGUAAUGGUCAAUCUGUAGCGGUGAAAAAGUUAGAUGUUUCAUCAGAACAAGAUUCGAAUACAGAGUUCUUGACUCAGGUUUCCAUGGUUUCAAAGUUGAAGCAUGAAAAUCUCAUUGAACUGCUUGGUUAUUACGUAGAAGGCAACCUCCGCAUAUUAGCUUAUGAGUAUGCAAGUGUGGGGUCUUUACAUGACAUACUUCAUGGAAGGAAGGGAUUACAAGGGGCACAGCCUGGCCCUACACUUACCUGGAUACAGCGGGUACGGAUUGCCGUCGAUGCUGCAAGGGGACUUGAAUGUUUGCAUGAGAAGGCCCAACCACCCAUAAUUCACCGUGAUAUCAGAUCAAGUAAUGUCCUUCUGUUUGAAGAGUUUGAAGACUAUAAAGCAAAGAUUGCAGAUUUUAACCUUUCAAACCAAGCUCCCGAUAUGGCUGCAAGGCUUCAUUCUACACGCGUUCUGGGAACAUUUGGUUAUCAUGCACCAGAAUAUGCAAUGACUGGGCAGCUAACACAGAAGAGUGAUGUAUAUAGUUUUGGGGUGGUUUUACUUGAACUCUUGACUGGAAGGAAACCGGUAGACCAUACCAUGCCUCGUGGGCAGCAAUCACUUGUUACAUGGGCCACUCCAAGGUUGAGUGAAGAUAAAGUGAAACAAUGUGUUGAUACAAAACUCAAAGAAUAUCCUCCUAAGGGUUUGGCAAAGCUCGCAGCUGUUGCUGCACUGUGCGUACAGUAUGAAGCCGAGUUCCGUCCAAAUAUGAGCAUUGUUGUGAAGGCCCUUCUGCCACUCCUAAAGACUCCCGCCCCUGCUCCAGAAUCCUAACCCCUAGUAUAUGGUUGGUUUGUUUGGUUGCUCGGAGUAUGGUAAUUUUCUCGCAUUUUUAUGCGUUAAGUUGUUUGCUGGAGAAUUGCAUAUAGCAAUUUCCCUUUCAGUACGAGAUUUAAAUUUCUUUGGUUUCGUUUCUUUGGCUUGUUAGGUUUGUUGCAGUGUCAUAAAGAUUGUUACUGAGGUUUUUGUAGUCACUGAUCAAUUAUUCUGAGCGGUUUGGUGUGAUUGUUUUCUUCAGUAAUAAUACUUAAAUUGAUAUUCCAUUUCCUGUGGAUAUGAGGUGCAUAUUCAUUUAUGUUAGCAAGAUCCAAGAUAAUCGAUUCGUUUGCCC